AUGCCUCGCUCUAGAAGGCAGCAUCCACAACUGACUGCAGCAGCCAGUGCUGCUGCCGCCGCCCAUCAACAGAAUGUUAAUCCUCCAACAGCUGCUGCCGCUGCUACUGGCGGCAGGGCAGUUCGUGAUGCCAAUGAAGCAAUUGCAACUACCAGGAUGGCUGCUUUCAUCAAGGACACAAGAAAAGCUCUUGUUCCCACAGCAACAGACAAGGCCUACAAUCCCAAAAUUGCAGAGUGGGAAGACUUCUGCAGAAAGGUCUAUGCGCAUGAUAAAUUUAUGUACAACAUGACAUGGCAAAAAGUAUUUUGGUUUAUGUUCUAUCAAGCCUUUCGCGAGCAGAAAUCCAGAGGUGGCAACAAGAAGAGGCGAACUGAAGGAGCAAUCUUUGACCACGAUGACUACAAAAAGGUUGUCGGUGUCUUCUUCCGUGGGAAUGGCGAAACCGGAGAGACAGAAAACAACAAUCAACAACAGCCACGAGAACCUCCCAAUCCCAAUGCUGCAGACUUUGCCUUUCCACAACCCCAAAAGCCAAUUGGUGAGCAAAUGUUCAAUGGGCACUCCACAAGCAUGUCAAAGAGAGGAUUCCUCGACUGA